AUGGAUUAAGAAAUUGUGGAUUAACUAACUCUCGAUUCUAUUCCGUACUACGAAGAGUAACUGUAUGGGGCAUUAUAAGUCAUAAUUGAUUUAUAGUAAAAGGUUGAAUAACAUGAAAUGAUUUUGGAUGAUGUACAAUUGAAAUGUUAUUAGAAAAGGAUAAUUCCAAUGAAAACUUGGCUGAGGAUGUAGAAGGAGAUCUUCAAGAAAUAAUUUCAACCAUAUAAUUUUAAUAACUAAAGGAAUUAUAAGAUAUUGAUGAGAUGAGUUAAAAAUAACAAGAGGAUUUCGAUUAAUUGUUUAAAGUAUGGAGCUUAUUUCAAUUUAGCAAUUACAUGAGUUGGAACAAAUGACUACUCAAUACUAAUAAGAAAACAACUAAGAUGAACAACACAUAAAAAUUACACAGCAAAUGAUUUUUGAAAGAUAGCAAUAACUAAAAGAAUUAAGUCAAUAAUUUAUGAUGUAAGACAUUCACAAUCAAGAAAAUCAAAGGAUUAUCUAAAAUUUACAAUAAAAACUGUAAUUGGACACUAUCAUUAUGCCUUAACAUGGUUCUAAAGAAUAGACUAUAGAAGUUAAUUAAAUUGUAAAACAUCAACGUUAAGAAUCAGAGGAAGAUGUUGAUUAUAUCUAAUAUCUUUAACUGACUGAUUAUAAGUAAAAACUAGAAGAAGAAUUAGAACAAAUCGCUAAUUAACCUAAAGUUUUGAAGGAUAUGAUCGAGGUCUCUACAUAAACCAAUGAAUAAGAGUUUGCAAUUAGAAAAAAGAAUUACGAUGACUUUGCUUACUCUAUCAGUUGUGUUUAGCCUACUUAUUCGUUGGAAAAUACUCCAAAAACAAGUCAAAUACUAUUGCAUUCUCUUUUAAAAGAGGAGAAACAAAAAAACAGAGGAUGCUGUUCAGAUUGCAGAAUUUACUGA